AUGAUAUCUUGCCUCUCGUUCUAUUUGAUUUGCGCAUAUUUGUCUAUUGCGUUCGGAGACCCUCUUGUUUCGUUUGGGGGUAAGCAUGUAAUAGUUGCCGGCGAUUUUGGACAGCUGCCGCCACCUGGUGCUGGGCAUUUAGCUUUAUACAGUGACAGCGUCGGUGCGUGGUCUUCCUCCCUGUCUUUGAAAGGUCAAAUGAACGUAAUAGGACAGGCCCUUUGGCACCAGUUUACAACCGUAGUCAUCUUGCGCCAGAACAUGAGGCAGUCUGGGUUGAAUGACGGUGACAAGCGCUACCGAAAGGCGCUCGAGAACGCUCGCAUGAAGGAUUGCGAUUCCCACGACAUCGCGCUCUUCCGCUCACGCAUUGUUGGCGUAUCCUCUAAGUCUCCUGCCCUACAUCCCCCUGGAAGUGAACCUGUGUCGGUGAUAACCGCGCUGAACUCGCAUCGCGACGCCGUAAAUGAAGUGGGCUCGCAAUUACUGUCUCAAUCACUAGGACUAGAACUCGAGGAAUUCUACUCCCUGGAUUCCUGGGCUCCUGACAAGACCGAAUCCUCAGUCCGUGCCACGCAGCGUGCGCAAGAUCGCUCCAUAAAUCCGGUACGUUCUACAAACAACGUUGGCGUUCACAUGCAGGAGCUGCUCUGGUCGUUGUCUCCCUGUUUCACGGACCACCAGGCAGGUGUUCUGAGACUUUGCCGCGGACUUCCCGUCCUGCUGAAGAACAACGAGGCGACCGAGCUUUGCGCGACGAACGGUGCGGAGGCCGUAGUUGUAGGUUGGGACUUCCAUGUCCGCACCGACGGACACAAAGUGCUUGACACAUUAUUUGUUAAGCUGCACAAUCCGCCACAGCCAGUGCAACUGAGCGGCCUUCCCCCCAACGUGAUUCCCUUGGCCCGUUUUAAGCAGCGCAUUGAGUGCAAAUUGCCUUUCGGUGACCGGCCCACUGCUUACAUUCAACGGGAACAGGUCAUGAUUCUGCCGAACUUUGCGAUGACCGACUUCGCAUCCCAGGGACGCACUCGUGCAUUCAACCCGGUCCAUCUGUCGCACUGCCGUACUGCGCAAUCGCUAUACACCUGCCUGUCUCGCAGCUCUUCGUUAGCAGGUCUCGUGAUUCUAGAGGGUUUCAAUGCUCGUAAACUUACAGGUGGGUUACCCACUCCGCUCAAACGA